UAUUGGCCUCUUUUGUGUCUGCAUUUCCGCAACUCGCCAUUUGCAAGGCAGCUGUCACCGGCAGGUGACGUUUCUUGCAUUCGUGGUGUGUCCGUUAUUUGCGUGUUUUACGUGUUUUUAACCGUGUACCCCCAUGGGGGACUCUCUGGAAGGGAGUGAAUCGACUCCCGAGCCACAAAAUGUGGCAAUCGUCGAUUUUAACGACUUCACUAACUUUAUAACGAAAGCGGCCACUGUGCUCUUACCGGAAGACAACCAGUGGGAACUCACCAAUCUCCGGGCGGCUCUUGACGACAAAUCCAACCAAGAGACCAUCCGGAAGUUCCUCAGCGACUCCCAAGUCUCGAUUCUCUAUAUCCAGAGGAAUCCAUCCAAAGACGACGACAGCGACCAACCUCCUGAGGGCGAGGAAGAGAAAGAACCGGUCACUUUUUACAUCAGCAAUGAGGUCCACUACUCCAAUUCCAAAAUGUCCAGUUUGGUUUGCAUCAAACGAGGGGCUGUCAUUGAAGCGGAUAAGAGCAUUCGGGCGCAAGUGCGUCUCAUGAAUUUCAGCGAUGGCUCGCCUUACGAGAUCCUCCAUUCAUACAUCAGCAAAACGGUGGCUCCAUUUUUCAAAUCGUAUGUUAAGGAGUCAGGCAGAGCUGACCGCGAUGGUGAUAAGAUGGCACCCUCUGUUGAGAAAACAAUCGCGGAGCUGGAAAUGGGGCUCCUGCAUUUGCAACAAAAUAUUGAUAUUCCGGAAAUUACACUUCAAGUGCACCCCUACGUUGCUAGCUUGAUUAAACAGUGUGCUGAUGAAGGGCGCAAACCGAAAGUUGCUGAUUUUAGCGAUAAAGUUGAAGAUUCGAAUUUUUUGAAUCAGUUGCAACACGGGGUUAAUCGCUGGAUUAAGGAGAUUCAGAAGGUGACGAAAUUGGAUCGGGAUCCAUCGUCAGGGACCGCUUUACAAGAGAUUAGUUUCUGGUUGAAUUUAGAAAGAGCGCUGCAUAGGAUUCAGGAGAAGAGGGAGAGUAUGGAAGUCGCUUUGACUUUGGAUAUUCUCAAACAUGGGAAGAGGUUUCAUGCAACUGUGUCUUUUGACACAGAUACAGGGUUGAAACAGGCCAUUGCCACCGUGAAUGACUACAAUCCACUAAUGAAGGAUUUCCCAAUCAACGAUUUACUCUCGGCGACCGAAUUAGAGCGGAUUCGAGCAGCCGUUCAAUUAAUUUUCGCCCACCUCCGAAAAAUCAGAUCAACAAAAUACCCAAUCCAGCGUUGUUUGCGUCUCGUUGAAGCAAUUUCUCGUGAUUUGGGUGCCCAACUACUCAAAGUUUUGGGUACCAGACGCUUAAUGCACAUUCCUUUCGACGAAUUCGAAAAAGUGAUGACCCAGUGUUUUGAUGUUUUCACUAUUUGGGAAGAUGAAUAUGAAAAACUACAAGCCCUACUUCGAGACAUCAUUAAGAAAAAACGGGACGAACAAAUGAAGAUGGUAUGGCGCAUUUCGGCCCAACACAAGAAGCUUCAAAGUCGCAUGGAACACAUGCGGAAAUUCCGCCGUCAACAUGAACAGCUUCGGACUGUUAUAGUCCGGGUGUUGCGGCCUUCGGUGCGCGACACCGCAGCCCCCGUUGAAGGAGAGGAUUUGGAGCAGUCCAAACCAACCCUAUCGUUGGAUGCAGCCGAUGCUAAUGCCAUUGAGGAAGUUAAUUUAGCUUACGAGAAUGUGAAAGAAGUCGAUUGUUUGGACAUUUCUAAGGAAGGGCAAGACGCCUGGGAUGCGGCUGUCCAACGCUAUGAAGAACGUAUCGAUCGAGUCGAAACUCGCAUCACUGCACAUCUCAGAGACCAGCUUGGCACAGCCAAGAAUGCCAACGAAAUGUUCAGGAUUUUUUCGCGCUUUAAUGCACUUUUCGUGCGGCCACAUAUUCGCGGGGCUAUCAGGGAGUACCAAACUCACUUGAUCCAACGAGUAAAAGAUGAUAUCGAAGCCCUGCAUGAGAAAUUCAAGGUCCAGUACCCUCAAAGUAACAGCGCUCGAAUCAGCAAAGUCCGCGAUUUGCCACCAGUCGCCGGUUCAAUCAUUUGGGCAAGACAGAUUGAUCACCAAUUAACCACUUAUUUGCGACGUGUUGAAGACGUUUUAGGCAAGGGUUGGGAAAAUCACAUCGAGGGUCAGAAGCUUAAAGCUGACGGUGAUAGUUUUCGAGUGAAGCUCAAUACGCAAGAAAUUUUCGAUGAUUGGGCACGUAAUGUGCAACAACGUAAUUUGGGAGUGACAGGUCGUAUUUUUACGAUUGAAGCUGUGCGUUCGAGGAGCGGACGUGGGAAUGUUUUGAAGUUGAGAGUUAAUUUUCUGCCGGAAAUUAUUACUUUGGCGAAAGAAGUGCGAAAUUUGAAAUGUUUAGGGUUUCGGGUGCCGCUAGCGAUUGUUAAUAAGGCGCAUCAGGCCAAUCAGUUGUAUCCGUUUGCGAUUUCACUGAUUGAGAGUGUGAGGACCUACGAGAUGACUCUGGAAAAGCUCUCGAACAGGAUUAGCGCACAAGGCGGUACCAAGAUCGACGACAAAGCCAGCAUCAUCCCUCUGGUGGCCGGCAUGCGCAAAGAAGUCCAACAACUCAUCGCCGAAGGCAUCCAACUCGUCUGGGAGAGCUACAAGCUCGACCCCUACGUCCAACGCCUCUCCGACACCGUCGUCAGUUUCCAAGAACGCGUCGAGGAACUUGUAAUCGUUGGCGAGCAACUCGAAGUCGACGUGAGGUCACUCGAGACUUGCCCCUACUCAGCGAACACUUUUGCCGAUAUUUUAUCGAAAAUACAGCACGCAGUCGACGAUUUAUCACUCAAACAGUACUCCAACUUGCACAUUUGGGUCAAUCGAUUGGACGAGGAAGUCGAGAAGAAUUUAGCGAGGCGACUUCAGGCCGGGGUUGAGGCCUGGACUGAUGCUCUCAAUGGGCAAAAGAAGGAAAUUGACCAUAGCAUGGAUACGGAUGCUCCCACCCAACCCACACACAAGCCUGGAGGUGACCCGCAAAUUCAGGUGGUGAUACACGAAGUGAGGAUUACAAAUCAGACCAUGUAUUUGUACCCGAGCAUUGAAGAGGCCAGGUUUCAAAUUAUGCAACAGUUGUUUGCCUGGGAGGCGAUUGUUAUGUCGCAGCAGCGGUUGCAAAGCAGUCGGUACCAAGUGGGGGUCGAUAAACCGGUUGCAGAGACCUACAGGAAUAUUUUAACGAAGCUACCGAAUCUGUCUGUACCUUUGGAAAAUGCCUACAGUGCGAUUGCUUCAAAAAUUAAGGAGAUUCAGAAUUAUGUCAACGAAUGGUUGACUUACCAGUCACUCUGGGACUUGCAAGCUGAUAAUCUGUAUGGCAAGUUGGGUGAUGAUAUAAGCAAAUGGAUGGAGUGUCUGAAUGACAUUAAGAAGACUCGAACCACGUUUGAUACUUCAGACACAAGGCGUGAAUUUGGCCCGGUCGUUAUAGACUUUGCCAAAGUGCAAAGUAAAGUCUCACUUAAGUACGAUUCGUGGCACAAAGAGACUCUGAGCAAGUUUGGAAGUCUCUUGGGUAACGAAAUGGUUACGUUCCACUCGAACGUCUCAAAAUCACGUUCCGACCUCGAGUUGCAAAGCAUCGAAGCUGCAAGUACUUCAGACGCCGUCUGUUUCAUCACCUAUGUGCAACAGUUGAAACGCAGCAUGAAAGCCUGGGAAAAACAGGUCGAGAUUUACCGCGAGGGUCAGAGAAUCCUCGAAAGACAGCGUUUCCAAUUCCCCACAACCUGGCUCCACGUUGAAAACUUGGAAGGCGAAUGGAGCGCUUUCAACGAGAUAAUCAAACGCAAAGACUCGUCCAUCCAGACCCAGGUUGCAAGCUUGCAACAGAAAAUCGUUUCGGAGGAUAAAGCCGUCGAGAGUCGGACUAACGACUUCUUGAACGACUGGGAACGAAGCAAACCGGUUGAAGGCCACCUCAAGCCGGACGAUGCCUUAACUCAGUUGCAACUCUUCGAAAGCAAAUUCGCCCGACUUAAGGAAGAACGCGACAAUGUCGCCAAAGCCAAGGAGGCUUUGGAGUUGCAAGAGCCAGGAGGUGUGAGCACCAGCGAAGACCGGAUGCAAGUCGUGUAUGAAGAACUGCAAGACUUGCGAGGCGUUUGGUCUGAAUUAUCGCGGAUUUGGACCCAAAUCGACGAAACAAGGGAAAAACCGUGGUUAUCGGUGCAACCUCGCAAGUUGCGCCAGCAACUAGACGCCAUGAGUGCACAACUGAAGGAACUCCCGGCCAGGCUGCGUCAAUACGCCUCCUACGAAUACGUCAAAAAGACACUCAACAAUUACACGAAGGUUAACAUGAUGAUUGUUGAGCUGAAAUCGGACGCUUUGAAAGAACGCCACUGGAAACAACUGAUGAAACAGUUGAGAGUCAACUGGGUGUUGUCCGACCUCACCUUGGGCCAAGUCUGGGACGUGAACUUGCAAAAGAACGAAUCCAUAGUCAAGGAUAUAAUCCUGAUUGCCCAAGGGGAGAUGGCGCUGGAAGAAUUCUUGAAACAAGUGCGCGAAUCGUGGCAAACCUACGAACUCGACUUGAUCAACUACCAAAACAAGUGCAAGUUGAUCCGUGGCUGGGACGAUUUAUUCAACAAAGUCAAGGAACACAUUAAUUCAGUCGCUGCGAUGAAAUUGUCCCCGUAUUACAAGGUGUUUGAGGAGGAAGCUCUGACUUGGGAGGAAAAGUUGAACCGGAUUAACGCCCUGUUUGAUGUGUGGAUUGACGUGCAGAGACGUUGGGUCUACCUGGAGGGAAUCUUCUCCGGAAGCGCCGACAUUAAAACCUUGCUUCCGGUCGAAACUUCACGGUUCCAAAGCAUCAGUUCGGAGUUUCUGGGCCUGAUGAAGAAAGUGAGCAAAUCGCCGAUGGUGAUGGACGUUUUGAACAUCCCAGGCGUACAACGCGCCCUCGAACGUCUCGCCGAUUUACUUGGAAAGAUACAGAAGGCUUUGGGCGAGUACUUGGAGCGGGAACGUACCUCCUUCCCCCGAUUCUACUUCGUCGGUGAUGAAGAUUUGUUAGAGAUCAUUGGUAACAGUAAAAACAUCGCCCGGUUGCAAAAACACUUCAAGAAAAUGUUUGCUGGGGUUGCUGCCAUUAUCCUGAAUGAGGAUAACACUGUUAUCACCGGUAUUGCGUCCCGAGAGGGCGAAGAAGUCAAUUUUUGCACUCCUGUGAGUACCGUCGAACACCCGAAAAUCAACGAGUGGCUCACUUUGGUCGAGAAGGAAAUGCGGGUGACUUUAGCCUCGAGUUUGGCUCAGGCCGUGCAAGACAGUAAACAGUUCAAAGACGAGAUUGAUCCUAAACAAUACAUGCAAUGGGUGGAUAAGUACCAGGCCCAGAUUGUGGUACUCGCAGCCCAAAUUUUGUGGAGUGAGGACGUGGAAGCGGCUCUUGUCAAAAUGAACGGCGAGCCGCAGAAAGGUGUCCUGGAGAAGGUUUUGCAACAAGUUGAGAACACCUUAAACGUACUUGCCGAUUCAGUACUGCAAGAACAGCCCUUGUUGAGGCGUAAAAAGUUGGAACAUUUGAUCAAUGAAUUUGUGCAUAAGAGAACGGUGACCAGGCGUUUGAUCGCCAACGGGGUUUGUGGUAACAAAGCGUUCCAAUGGUUGUGCGAAAUGAGGUACUACUUUGACCCUCGCCAAACUGAGGUUUUGAAACAAUUAACGAUUCACAUGGCCAAUGCCAAGUUCUACUAUGGGUUUGAGUAUCUCGGGGUUCAGGACAGACUAGUGCAGACGCCGUUAACUGAUCGGUGUUAUCUGACGAUGACUCAAGCCCUGGAAGCACGUCUUGGAGGUUCUCCCUUUGGCCCUGCGGGUACUGGGAAGACCGAGUCCGUGAAAGCGCUCGGGAAUCAGUUGGGACGCUUCGUCCUCGUCUUCAAUUGUGACGAAACGUUUGAUUUCCAAGCCAUGGGGCGGAUUUUUGUUGGGUUGUGUCAAGUGGGAGCGUGGGGUUGCUUUGAUGAAUUUAAUCGUCUGGAAGAGAGGAUGUUGUCAGCGGUCUCGCAACAAGUUCAAACCAUCCAAGAGGCGCUGAAGUCACAGAAGGAGAGAGAAUUGGACGAAAAUGCCUCUACUGGAAGUAUCACGGUGGAACUUGUGGGGAAACAAGUCAGAGUCUCGCCCGACAUGGCAAUUUUCAUCACAAUGAACCCGGGUUACGCCGGCCGGUCCAACUUACCUGACAAUUUGAAGAAGUUGUUCAGGUCGUUAGCUAUGACCACCCCAGACAGGCAAUUAAUCGCCGAAGUGAUGCUCUUCUCGCAAGGGUUCCGCACUGCUGAAAAACUCGCGUCUAAGAUUGUACCGUUCUUUAAGUUGUGCGACGAGCAACUCUCCAACCAAUCACAUUACGAUUUCGGUUUGCGUGCGCUUAAGUCAGUACUGGUCUCUGCUGGUAAUGUCAAACGUGACCGCAUUCAGAAAAUUAAAGAAGGGAUGAAACAACGAGGCGAAACUAACAUUGAUGAGGCCGGUAUUGCAGAGAAUUUACCCGAACAGGCGAUCUUGAUUCAGUCGGUUUGCGAAACGAUGGUCCCGAAGUUAGUAGCUGAGGAUAUUCCGUUGUUGUCAAGUUUGCUGAACGACGUGUUUCCCAAUGUUCAGUACACACGAGCAGAAAUGAAGGGCUUGAAGGACGAAAUUCGGAAAGUGUGCCAAGAAGAGUUCCUAGUGUGUGGCGAGGGUGACGAGCAAGGCUCAGCCUGGAUGGAAAAGAGAACUUUAGUUGGAGAGACAUGGGUUCAAAAGGUCCUCCAACUGUAUCAAAUUUCCAACCUCAACCACGGCCUGAUGAUGGUGGGCCCCAGUGGCUCCGGCAAAAGCACAGCUUGGCGCGUGUUGCUCAAAGCCCUGGAGCGGUUUGAAGGCAUCGAGGGUGUCGCCCACGUCAUCGACCCUAAAGCCAUCAGCAAAGAAGCGCUCUACGGUGUCCUGGACCCCAACACCCGCGAAUGGACCGACGGUCUCUUCACUCAUAUCCUCCGCAAAAUCAUCGAUAACGUCCGAGGCGAAAUCAACAAGCGCCAAUGGAUUAUUUUCGACGGUGACGUCGAUCCUGAAUGGGUCGAGAAUCUCAACUCGGUCCUGGACGACAAUAAACUACUAACUUUACCAAACGGCGAACGUUUGUCGCUCCCUCCCAACGUGAGGGUGAUGUUCGAGGUGCAGGACUUAAAAUACGCCACUUUGGCCACGGUUUCGCGGUGUGGCAUGGUGUGGUUCUCCGAGGACGUGCUUUCGACCGAGAUGAUCUUCGAGAAUUACAUGCUGAGGCUUAAAAGUAUCCCGCUGGAGGAGGGAGAGGAUGACAGUUUCGGGAAGAAAACUGAGAAUAAGGAUGAUUUGUUAUCGCCAACGCUGCAGGUUCAAGUCGACGUUGCUAACAUUCUCCAGUCUCACUUGGCCCCUGAUGGGUUGGUCGUCCGAUGCCUGGAGUAUGCAAUGGAACAGGAACAUAUCAUGGAUUUCACGCGCUUACGCGCUCUGAGUUCGCUCUUCUCCAUGUUGAACCAAAGCGUGCGAAAUGUGCUACAGUACAACCAUUCGCAUUCAGAUUUUCCGCUAACCAACGAACAACUCGAAAAAUACAUACCCAAGUGUUUGGUUUACUCGCUUUUGUGGAGCUUUGCAGGCGAUGCCAAGCUAAAAGUGCGGUCUGAUUUGGGCGAUUUCAUCCGUUCGGUGACUACAAUACCGCUACCACCUUCCAACAACAUGCCGAUUAUUGACUACGAGGUCAAUAUCGAAGGCGAAUGGUCACCUUGGUCCAAUAAAGUGCCACAGAUUGAGGUUGAAACGCACAAAGUCGCGUCGCCUGAUAUCGUAGUACCGACUUUGGACACAGUGCGACAUGAGUCGCUGUUGUACACCUGGCUGGCUGAACAUAAACCGAUUGUUUUGUGUGGUCCUCCUGGAUCUGGUAAAACCAUGACCUUGUUUUCGGCUUUGAGGGCUCUUCCUGACAUGGAAGUUGUCGGUUUGAAUUUCUCGUCGGCUACUACACCCGAACUGUUGUUGAAAACGUUUGACCACUAUUGUGAAUAUCGUAAAACACCCAACGGUGUGGUUUUAUCACCAGUACAAUUGGGCAAAUGGCUUGUUCUCUUCUGCGACGAAAUCAACUUGCCCGACAUGGACAAUUACGGGACCCAACGCGUGAUUAUGUUCCUGCGUCAGAUCGUCGAACAGAAAGGUUUCUACCGCGCUUCUGACCAAACCUGGGUGUCCCUCGAACGCAUUCAGUUCGUUGGUGCUUGUAAUCCCCCGACUGACCCCGGCCGUAAACCCCUCUCCCACCGUUUCCUGCGCCACGUCCCCGUGAUUUACGUCGAUUAUCCGGGAGAAACGUCCCUGAAACAAAUCUACGGCACAUUCACCCGAGCUAUGCUCAGACUGACUCUUGGUUUGCGCGGUUACGCUGAACCACUGACCAAUGCAAUGGUCGAGUUUUAUCUCGCCUCCCAAGACAGGUUCACUCAAGAUAUGCAACCACAUUACGUGUACUCACCUCGUGAGAUGACUCGGUGGGUGCGUGGGAUUUGUGAAGCGAUCAGGCCCCUUGAUCAUUUGAAUGUGGAAGGGUUGGUCAGACUGUGGGCCCAUGAGGCUUUGAGGUUGUUCCAAGAUCGGCUAGUGGAGGAAACUGAGAGGAAAUGGACUAAUGAAAAUAUCGAUGCUGUUGCGUUAAAACACUUCCCUUCGGCGAAUUGCGAGAAGGCUUUGGAGAGGCCAAUUUUGUACAGUAAUUGGUUGUCGAAGGAUUAUGUCCCUGUAGAUCGGGAACAAUUGAGGGAGUAUGUUAAAGCGAGACUGAAAGUAUUCUACGAGGAGGAGUUGGACGUGCCUUUGGUGCUCUUUGAUGAAGUUCUAGAUCAUGUUUUGAGGAUUGAUCGGAUUUUCAGGCAGCCUCAGGGCCACUUGUUACUUAUCGGAGUGUCAGGGGCUGGGAAAACAACCCUGUCGCGAUUUGUUGCCUGGAUGAACGGACUGUCAAUCUUCCAAAUCAAAGUACACAAUAAAUACACCGCUGAAGACUUUGAUGAGGAUCUAAGAUCAGUCUUGAGACGUAGUGGGUGCAAGGAUGAGAAAAUCGCGUUCAUUUUGGACGAGUCAAAUAUGCUAGAUUCAAGCUUCUUGGAGCGAAUGAAUACUUUGUUGGCCAAUGGUGAAGUUCCGGGAUUAUUUGAAGGUGAUGAGUACACCACUCUCAUGACUCAGUGCAAGGAAGGGGCGCAACGAGAAGGUCUGAUGCUUGACUCGAACGACGAGUUGUAUAAGUGGUUCACACAGCAAGUUAUGCGCAACUUGCAUGUCGUUUUCACUAUGAAUCCUUCAACCGAUGGUUUGAAGGACCGAGCUGCCACUUCCCCCGCUCUGUUCAAUCGAUGUGUCUUGAACUGGUUCGGUGAUUGGUCAGACGGUGCCCUCUUCCAGGUCGGUAAAGAGUUCACCAAUCGGGUGGAUUUGGAUAAAGCCACGUGGAAAUCGCCCGAUUUCUUCCCAGCGGCUUGUGCCCUCAUCUCUGCGACUCCCACACAUAGGGAAGCGGUUAUCAAUGCUUGCGUCUACGUCCACCAAACUCUCCACAAGGCCAACGCCCGGUUGGCUAAACGUGGCAGUCGCACCAUGGCCAUAACACCAAGGCACUACUUGGACUUCAUCCACCAUUUCGUCAAGUUAUACAAAGAGAAGCGUUCAGACUUGGAAGAGCAACAACUGCACUUGAACGUGGGUCUCAGUAAGAUCGCCGAGACCGUCGAGCAAGUCGAGGAGAUGCAGAAGAGUCUCGCCGUCAAGUCGCAAGAAUUGCAAGCGAAGAACGAAGCCGCCAAUGCGAAGCUGCGCCAGAUGGUGAAGGACCAACAAGAGGCCGAAAAGAAGAAGGUUCAGAGCCAAGAAAUCCAGCUACAGUUGAGCGAACAGACCGUCCAUAUCGAGCAGAAGCGGCAGGAAGUCAUGGCUGACCUCGCCCAAGUCGAGCCUGCGGUCAUCGACGCCCAAAACGCCGUAAAGUCUAUCAAAAAACAACAAUUGGUCGAAAUCCGUACCAUGGCAAAUCCCCCUGCGGUGGUAAAGUUGGCCCUAGAAUCCAUUUGCUUGUUACUCGGUGAAAACGCAAGCGACUGGAAGUCUAUUCGAGCGGUCAUCAUGCGUGAUAACUUCAUCAAUACCGUAGUCAACAAUUUCAAUACAGAGGACAUUAGUGACGACGUCCGCGAAAAAAUGAAGACGCGCUAUCUCAAUAACCCUGACUACAAUUUCGAAAAAGUCAAUCAUGCGAGUAACGCGUGCGGGCCUUUAGUCAAGUGGGCGAAAGCCCAAAUUUUGUAUGCUGAUAUGUUAAAGAAGGUCGAACCGCUGCGCGAAGAGUUGAGUUCUUUAGAAAGACAAGCCGAAACCAAUCAAAAGCGCGGCGAAGAAGUGAAAAAUUUGAUCAGCCAAUUGGAACAAAGUAUCGCGUCCUACAAGGAAGAAUACGCACAGUUGAUUGCGCAAGCUCAGGCUAUUAAAACCGACUUGGAGAACGUCCAAGCCAAAGUUGACCGUUCCAUAGCGCUGUUGAAGAGUUUGGUCAUUGAAAGGGAACGUUGGGAGGCCACUAGUGAAACAUUUAGGUCGCAAAUGUCGACAAUAAUCGGGGACGUUCUUUUGUCAGCUGCUUUCAUAGCCUACGGUGGUUAUUUCGACCAGCACUACCGCCAGAACUUGUUUAGUACCUGGUGCCAACACUUGACCCAAGCUGCCAUCCAGUACAGGCCUGAUAUUGCCCGAACUGAGUACCUCUCCAACCCCGAUGAACGUCUAAGGUGGCAAGCUAACGCGUUACCCUCGGACGACCUCUGUACCGAAAACGCCAUCAUGUUGAAGCGCUUCAACCGCUACCCUCUGAUCAUAGACCCGUCAGGUCAAGCCACCGAGUACAUCAUGAACGAAUUCAAGGAUAAGAAAAUCACAAAAACGAGUUUCUUGGACGAUUCGUUCCGCAAGAACCUCGAAAGCGCGCUACGUUUCGGGAAUCCGCUCCUGGUCCAAGAUGUUGAAAAUUACGACCCGAUUCUCAACCCUGUUCUCAAUCGGGAGUUACGAAGGACCGGAGGCCGUGUUCUUAUCACUCUGGGUGAUCAAGAUAUCGAUCUGUCGCCUUCGUUUGUUAUUUUCUUAUCGACUCGCGACCCCACUGUCGAAUUUCCGCCAGACAUAUGCUCGAGAGUCACUUUUGUCAACUUCACGGUGACCAGGAGCUCGUUACAGAGUCAGUGCUUGAAUCAAGUGCUUAAAGCCGAGAGGCCUGAUAUUGAUGCUAAGAGGUCCGACUUGUUGAAAUUGCAAGGCGAAUUCCACUUGAGGCUGAGACAGUUGGAGAAGUCUCUCCUGCAGGCGUUGAAUGAUGCUAAAGGAAAGAUCCUGGAUGAUGAUAGUGUGAUUACGACUUUGGAAACGUUGAAACAGGAAGCGGCCGAAAUCGGGCAAAAGGUCGAAGAGACCGAUAAGGUGAUUUCCGAAAUUGAGACGGUGUCGCAACAGUACUUGCCCCUAUCCCAGGCUUGUAGUAACACUUAUUUCACAAUGGAUAGUCUGAAUCAAGUACACUUCUUGUACCAGUACUCCCUCCACAUGUUUUUGGACAUGUUUAGCAGCAUUUUGUACAGUAACCCACACUUGGAGAACAUUUCUGAUUACCAAGCGAGACUUAACAUUAUCACAACUGACUUAUUCUCCGUUUGUUACGAUCGAGUGGCUCGUGGAAUGUUGCACAAUGAUCGGCUCACUUUUGCCAUCCUCCUCUGCCGCAUACACUUGAAAGGAGUACCAACGGAACCAAACCUCGAUCAAGAAUUUAGUUUCUUCCUCCGGGGCAAAGAAGGUGUCUUUAACAUGAACACCGGUCCUUCAAUCGAAGGUCUCAAUAGCGAGCAACAGGAAGCCAUGAUGAGACUCUCCUCCCGUCUCCCGGCCUUCAAAAAACUGGCCGAGAAAAUCAAAGAAAUGCCCGAAUUCGGGGCCUGGCUCCAGCAAAGCUCGCCCGAACAGUGUGUCCCACGCUUGUGGAUCGAAGAACGUCAAUUGAGCCCCAUCGGGACCGCCAUGUACCAACUUCUAGUAAUCCAAGCGUUCCGCCCAGAUCGCGUUAUCGCCGCCGCCCAGUUCUUCGUCUCGGCCGUCCUAGGCGAGAACUUCAUGCCGAGUGCCGAAAAAGAGCUCGACUUGGCCGAAUGUGUCGAAAAGGAGAUCCGAUCAAACGUCCCAGCCCUGCUUUGCUCAGUGCCAGGCUUUGAUGCCUCGAGUCGAGUCGAUGACCUGGCCGCCGAGCUUAAUAAGCAAAUUUCCAGCAUCGCGAUUGGUUCAGCUGAAGGUUUCAAUCAGGCCGACCGGGCGAUCAACAUGGCGUGCAAGACGGGGAGAUGGGUCAUGCUGAAGAACGUACAUUUGGCGCCCCAGUGGCUGGUGCAGCUGGAGAAGAAGCUGCACUCGUUGCAGCCGCAUGCCAACUUCCGGCUGUUCCUCACCAUGGAGAUAAACCCGAAGCUUCCGGUGAAUUUGCUGCGAGCUGGCCGCAUUUUCGUGUUUGAGCCGCCGCCAGGUAUUAGAGCGAACUUGUUGCGGACUUUCAGUACCGUGCCGGCGAGUCGCAUGAUGAAGCCGCCGAAUGAGCGGGCAAGGCUGUACUUUUUGCUGGCUUGGUUCCACGCCAUCGUCCAGGAGAGGCUGAGGUACGCGCCACUGGGGUGGGCGAAGUACUAUGAGUUCAACGAGUCCGAUUUGCGGGUGGCGUGUGAUACGCUUGACACGUGGAUUGAUGCCACGGCGAUGGGGCGGACGAAUUUGCCACCGACGAAGGUGCCAUGGGACGCGCUGGUUACGCUGUUGUCGCAGUCGAUUUACGGCGGCAAGAUUGAUAACGAUUUCGACCAACGGUUGUUGCAUUCGUUCCUGAAUAAGUUGUUCACGCCGAAGAGUUUCGAGACUGAUUUUGCUUUGGUGGCUAAUAUUGAUAAUGGGCCUAAUGGCAACAGACAUAUAACUAUGCCGGAUGGUACGAGAAGGGACCACUUUUUGAAGUGGAUUGAAAGUCUGGCCGAUCGGCAAACGCCGGCUUGGUUGGGUUUGCCGAAUAAUGCCGAGAAGGUGCUUUUGACGACUAGGGGUACGGAUUUGGUGAGCAAGUUGUUGAAAAUGCAGCAGUUGGAGGAUGAUGACGAACUGGCGUAUUCUGUUGAUGAGAUUUUGCCGGCCGAUGCGGCACAAGUUGAUGGAAGGCCGUCGUGGAUGAAGACGCUGCAUAAUUCGGCGGGAACUUGGCUGCAGUUGCUGCCAACGUCAUUGCAGACUUUGAAGCGAACGGUGGAGAAUAUCAAAGACCCGUUGUAUCGCUACUUCGAGAGGGAAGUCAAUUCGGGGGCGAGGUUGUUGCAGGAUGUUAUACAUGAUCUUAAGGACGUUGUGCUUAUCUGUCAGGGCGAAAAGAAACAAACGAAUUACCACCGAACAAUGCUGGGAGAGCUGGUCAGGGGCAUUUUGCCCCGAAACUGGCGCCGGUACACUGUACCUAGGGGUUGUACUGUCAUUCAGUGGAUCACCGAUUUCAGUCAGAGAGUCAAACAGUUGCAACAAGUCUCAAAACUAGUAUCCACAUCGGGUGCUAAAGAAUUACAGAGCUUCCCAGUUUGGUUGGGAGGUUUAUUGAACCCCGAAGCUUACAUCACUGCCACUCGACAGUGUGUGGCUCAGGCUAACAGUUGGUCAUUGGAAGAACUGUACCUUGAGGUCACUAUAACCGAUUCCAAUGAUCAAGCGUCGAUUCCGCACGAUUGUUUCGCAGUUACAGGAAUUAAACUCCAAGGGGCCCAGUGUCGCAACAAUCAAUUGUUACUCACUUCCAGUAUUAUGAUGGAACUACCGAUUACCUUACUGCGGUGGAUUCGAGUGUCUGGGGACGAAAAAAUCACUGCUAGUAAAUUAUCGUUGCCGCUUUAUUUGAAUUCCACGAGGACCGAGCUGUUGUACACUGUGGACUUGAACAUAGCCCCAGGUCAGGACUCCCAUAGUUUCUACGAAAGAGGUGUAGCUUUACUCACAUCAACUUCGCUUAAUUAAAUUUUAAAUAAUAACCAAUUAUGCUUGAAAAUAUUUAAUUAUACUAACAGUGAGAAUAAAUUAAAAUAUACAGUUGGAA